AUGUCAGCAAUUUCAGAUAAUGAUGAGGAGACGGAGGUUGUAUCGAGAAACUUGUGCGGUGUGGUUGAUAUUGGCUCCAAUGGUAUAAGAUUCAGCAUAUCCUCGAAGGCAACGCAUCAUGCGAGGAUAAUGCCUUGUGUUUUCAAGGACAGAGUUGGAAUUUCUCUUUUCGAAGUUCAAUAUGCUGCAAACUCUUUAGAGAAAGCUCCAAUCCCCUCUGAAACUAUCAAAGAAAUAUGUGCGGCCAUGAAGAGAUUUAAGCUUAUAUGUGAAGAUUUUGGUGUUCCAGAAUCGAGCGUAAGAGUAGUAGCAACGGAGGCUACUAGAGAAGCUUUGAAUUCUCAAGUUUUCGUCGAUGCGAUAUAUGAUUCUACUGGCUGGCAGGUGGAGCUACUGAAGAGGGAAGAUGAAGGCAGAAUAGGCGCGUAUGGUGUAAUUUCAUCAUUCAAUAUGGUAAGCGGUCUAUAUAUGGAUUUAGGUGGAGGCAGUACACAGAUCUCUUGGAUCAAAUGUAUUAAUGGCGAAAUUACUCAGUCAGCAAAUCCAGUAUCGCUACCGUAUGGUGCAGGAGCCCUCUCUCGUAGGAUGAAAUUAGAAGAUAAAAGGGCGUUGUUUUUGGAGAUUAAGGAGGCAUAUGGCAGGGCGAUGGAGACGAUCGGAAUACCGGAAGAGAUGCUACUAGAGGCAAAGGAAAAGGGUGGAUUUGACUUAUACACUUGCGGUGGCGGCUUAAGAGGCAUGGGUCACCUGCUUCUCUCGCGUUCCACAGAUUAUCCAAUUCAAACAAUCAUCAAUGGAUUUUCGUGCUCUUAUGAAGAAUUUUCUGCUAUGUGUGACUAUUUGUUUUUAAAGGGCAAAAGGCCAGGUUUGAAAGACCGCAAGACUUUUAAGGUGUCCGACAGAAGAGCAUCGCAACUUCCUGCUGUCGGUUUACUCAUGAGUGCAGCCUUCGAUUCUCUACCGCAAGUGAAAACAGUGCAUUUCAGCGAGGGAGGUGUUAGAGAAGGUACACUUUAUUCUAUUUUACCAAGAGAAAUCCGUGCUCAGGACCCUUUGAUUAUUGCAUCAAGGCCCUACGCUCCACUCUUAGCAGACAAAUAUUUGCAAUUGUUGAAAGAGGCGAUUCCUGAAGGAGAAGUGCCAGAGAUUACGUUCAAGAGAAUUGCUCCCGCUCUCUGUAAUCUGGCGUUUGUUCAUGCCUCCUACCCAAAGGAAUUGCAACCGACCGCUGCCUUGCAUGUCGCCACAACCGGCAUUAUUGCUGGAUGUCAUGGUUUAUCCCAUAGGGCUAGAGCACUCGUUGGGAUUGCUCUCUGUAGCAGAUGGGGCGGAGAUAUACCAGAAGUUGAAGAACAAUAUAUGCGCUCCCUGGAAGAAAUAGUCAUGCGUGAUGGAAAUAAGCUUGAAAGGAAAAGAAUAAUAUGGUGGACUAAAUAUAUUGGUACUAUCAUGUACGUCAUUUGUGGUGUUCAUCCGGGAGGAAAUUUAAGAGAUGGCGUCUUCAAUUUCUGUAUCUUAGAGAAAGAUGAACCUACAGAUCAGUUGACAAGCUUGACAAUUGAUGAAGCACUCUCCGCUCAAUCAAAUGAUGCCAAUGUCAACAGCGCAAACCGUGCAAAGCGUGAGUUUGAAGUCGUGGUGAAAAUUAGCAAAGAUGAUUUAAAAACAAGUGCGUCAGUUCGUUCCAGAAUCAUAACCUUGCAGAAGAAGAUAAGAAAACUUUCUCGUGGUAGCUCAGAGAAAGUCAAGAUUAGUGUGCAGUUCUACGAGGGACAAUGA